ACGUUUUAGCUUGCGUUUUAGCAAAAACAAAAUUAAAUGACGUCAUUAGCCUCAUCAAGCGUGCUAGCGAAAACUUUGCUUUGAUUGGAUUAGGAUUGGGAUCGGAGGCUCAGAGGGCUGUGUGGAAGAUGCAUGACAGCUUUCACUGACCUAUUUUCAAAUAUAUGGGGUCGUGGCGAGAUUAUGUGCUGCAAGGCCCUAUAUACCUGUGCUGUGGCGGGCGAAGCAACAGUGCUGCUUUGCUAAAGGGCUUUGCUCCAGGGUGACAGCCCUAGGUCACCCUGAGGUAGGCUUCUGAAGAAUCUUCCUUCUUCCACUCUGUAAGCGACAUUUCAGUGAUUGGUCCAUUUGUUCCAGAGAAAUGUGGCGUCAGCGGACAUUGGCCCAGCGCUGGUUCUGGCGCACCCUGGCCACUGCACUGCUGAUCGUCUGCACCACUGUGUUGACUAUGACAGCUGUGCAGGAGCUGUUACCACCUCCGCCAUCUCGCAGCACCCUGGCGGCCCUGACGCCAUUCCAGUACCCAGUGUGGAGUGAGUACUCGCCACCGGACCGGGAGGAUGACUGGUACAACGCCACCUGCCUGGGUGGUCAGCUGCGCCCGGCACUCACUGAGCUGGCCGCCCACCUGGAGAUGCUGCACACCGCCGAGCACCCCGAGUGCCGCGCGCUGGCCGGCUGGCUCAACACCCUGUUCACGGUGGAGCAGCGUGAGGCCAACGUGACGCUGCCGGCGCCGUUCCUGGCCAAGGUGCUGACGUGGGUGGGCGGCUCGGAGCAGCUGAUGGACAUCGUCCGACACCAGCGCAUCCUGCACGUCACAAACAACCUGGUGCUGCACGAGGUGGCCUUCAACCCGGUGCGCGCAUUUCGGCCGCAGCUGCCGUCGGCCGGACCGUCGGCGCGCGAGCAGCUGCACGCGCUGGCCGAGGAGACGCGCGGCAGCUGCGACUUCUGUCAGUGGCGCACCAUGACGGCGCUGGUCGGCGAGCCGCCCGGCCGGUUCGAAUCACCGCUCUCCACCGUCGUGGGCAACACGCUGAAGCUGGACGGCGGCCACGCGCUGGUGCUGUCGCGCGAGCACAGCCCGCUGCGGCUGACGGUCGAGGGCCGGGCCGACAUGGUGGCGCUGGCGGAGCGCUGGAGCCGCGACCAGCAGUCGCGCCGUCCCCAGCUGCGCUUCCCCACGCUGAUGUGGGACGUGGGCCAGCACGCGGGCGCCAGUCAGGUGCACCCGCACGUGCACGUGAUGCUGUCGCCGGCGCACUACUCGGCCGGCUGGGAGCGACAGCGGCGCGCCGCGCUGCUCUUCUCCGAGAUCUGGCCGCAGGACAACUACUUUUCUGCGCUGGUGCGCGCGCACGCGGCGCUGGGCCUGACGGCGCGGCUGGGCGCGGCGGUGGCGUUCGCCGCCGUGGACCCGGUGCUGGACGCCGAGAUCUGGGUGGUGUCGGCCGAGCCGGACGCAGACUUCACGCGGCUGUACGCGCUGGCCGUGGCCACCGUGGAGCGCCGGCUGGGCCGGCUCUGCCACAGCAGCAGCCUGGCGCUGCCGGCGCUGGCCGAGCCGGCCGGCCGACUCCCGGCGCUGGCCCGGCUCGUGCCGCGCGGCGACUGCACCUCCGUGCGCACCGACUUCUCGGCAAUCGAGAUGUUCGCGCUGAGCGCCAUCGCGCUCGACCCGUACGAGGUGGUGCGGGAGCUGCGCUACACCAUCGAGCGGAACGGUGAGGUCCAGCCGAGGUCGGCCGCCGCCUGAGCGGGAACGCCUUGUCUUUCUCUCUGGGCUCUGGGGAACUCUGGGGACCACCGGGGACUCAGGGGACCACCGGGGACUCAGGGGAACACCGGGGCUUCCCUUGCCCUACCUUUUGGGGAAGUAUCAGCUGGCUCACUUGCGUAGGUUUUCCCAAACCAACAGAUUAUCUGUGUAGCGAAGAGUCCUCUUGAUAUCUUAAAGCGAUAGUUGCAUCUGAGUGGCUAAGAAAUCGUAAUUACAUUACAUAAGUAUUUCUGGGUCGAUAGCUUAUAAAGCAUGCCCGGACAACGAGUAUACUCAAUUUCAUUAAAAUUGUGUGGAGACGCAAAGCAACUCCUACUGGAAUGUGUUUAUCAGGCUCACAUCGUGGUGCUUUCAGUGUGGCUCCUAGGUCAGUGAAAUCUCUCAAUAUGUUGGCCGUGCCGAUUGUACCGUUUUCGGCAGCUCUUGUGAUACAUAAUGAGUUGUUUAGGAUGGCACUGAAGCCUGCAACCACCUGUUAGCGCUCUUUUUUUACCAGAUAUGAGGGUUUGUGGUUUGUCCUGCGCUUCAUACAUUAACCUUACGUGCCGUUUUUGUACAAACAUUUCGUUUAAUUUACAGCUAACAAAUAGGAAAGAAGCUGUUGAAACUGUGGGAACUGCCUAUAACUUAUAAGCAAGCAUUAUAGUACGUAAACUUGUUUUUGCUAAGGACGCCAGUAUAAUAGGGGUACGUUGAGCACGUAUAACUUCGCAAAGCGACUAGCCAGGUCAUAUGGGUUUCAGAAAUCGCCUCUAUUUUGGUAGAAGGGUUUAUAUUAGAAGUGGCUACUUAGGCUGCGCUGAACUUUGAUAGAUAUUUAUAAGUUUUCUACUGUUUGUUGAAUGCGUCGGCCUGUCUUUGUCGUUGUUGCGUCGGCAGUUGAGUGUCUUGCAUUUACCAUGUUCUUGAUAUGUGACUGUUGUUACGUGCACUUACUGUUAUGCCCAUAGGCGUCAAAUCACACUCGGGCUCCCUUUACCACGCCUGGUAUUUUAUAAUCGUUGUUGCAUCGUUGCUCAAGGUAUCGUUGUUUACGGCAAAGAAUGAGGAUUAUCCCUCGCCCUGGCAGGGGGGGGGGAUCGAUGCGACCCCCCCCCCCCCCUAAGGUUUUUCGAAGAUAGCGUAAAAACGGCGGCGCGCAGCGCCGCCAAAUUUGGCACAGCCUAUGGGGCAACCUUUUUACAUGUGACCUGAAAAUUUCAGGUCCGGGUGACCUCGGGUCAGGUCACUAGGUCAGAAAAACCGGUACAAGGUCAUGGUCAAAUUUCAAUUUUCUUUUUGCACCUGUCCAACUCACAGUUUUGGACUGAUUUCCUUCAAACUUUCAGGAUGUGCUAAGUUCACCGAGUUGUAUAACAUAUAGUUCGGGUUUUUUUAGGUCAUUGACCUGAGGUCAGUUAGAGGUCAUUACGUCGUAAUGUUAAGCCUAUGGGAAAAUACUAAAUUCGGAAAAUACUGGAGAUAUCCGCUUCGUUCUAUCACUUUUGUGCUUUAAAACCACAGUACUUAACAGCAGGUCACUUGGUGCUUCUUCGUUUGGUGUACAUAUCCAUGGGUCAGGUCAAAUGAGGUCAACUGAGGUCAAAUGACGUUUUUGCCAAUAACUUGGCACAUAAUGACGCUAGAGCUUAAAAAAAUGGUAUCAUUGUGUUCCUGGUGAUCAGCCGAAUCGAAUGAUAUGCGAUAUGAUGCAAUUUGGUUAACUUUAACUUAAUUUAUUAAUUUAAGUUUACUUAAAAUUUAAGAAAAACUUUAAGUACACUUAAGCAAGCUAAAAGGUACAUCAUUCUACGCGCCUUGACGUUCUGAGUUCACUGGUGCUUUUCUUUUUGCUCUAUCUUAAUUAGAUCAAAAGUUAUAAGCGAAAAACUUUUGACCUGUUUUUAGCGAAAUUUUUACAUUUAUACCCCCCAAAACCCCCCUAAAUAUUGACCUAGAGCAACCAAAUUUGCACAGGGGCGAGAACUCCAGGGGGCCCACCUACCUACCAAAUUUGGUGUUUCUAGGUGCCAUAGGAGCCAAUCGCGAGGGGGGGUCGCAUCGACCCCCCCCCCCCCCUGCCAGGCCGUGUUAUGAAAAAUGCCCUGCCAGGGCGAGGGUUAUGACCAAUUGGUCAAAUCCCGAUGGGUUGUGGACCUCGGCUUUGGAAGCAACCCGCCGGCUUUGAAAUUAUCUCGCGACUAUCACUAAAGUGUUCGUGCUUCCAACAUGCCAAGUGUCUUCCAUCACAAGUGCGCAAGUGUUUGUUGUUUGUCCAGUUGGAGUGUUUGCGGACGCACGAGCUGAGCGUGCUGGUUCUGGCCAGCUGCACAAUGUGGGCCCCGACAGAGGGCACAGCCGCGCGUCCCACCUCGAGCAGCUGACUAGUGUCCCUAACUGAGCACUGAACAGUGCGUGAAUCUCCAUAGUAAGCCUUGUUGAUCUGUAUCCGGCGGGAUUUACUCAGGCGUGCAAUGCACACGCCGUGUGGCAGCCUUGGCCCGGCGGUGGCUCUGAGCUGCGGGUUCCUGGCCUCUGGCCGCAUUGCCCGCCCUACAAUCGGACCCCCGACUCGGGGCUGGACUGCUGGAUUGUUUAUUGACUGUUAUAGACAGUGUACUUUACACAGGGCUGUAUUUGUUUGUUGGAAAUGUCGUCAUAAUGGCUUCUGAAAUGACUUGCUUGUGUCGUUCGGAUAACAAAUUUCGAGAUGACCGAUAUUUAAGUACCGGCGCUGCACAAUGCUGCUGUGCCGAAGUGUUGCUUCUCUCUUGCUUACUACUGAACCAUGAUGACUGAGCUAAGUACAUUUGUUGUGUUAUUUAUUUAUUUGUUUAUUUAUUUUUUCUUUUGGUCAUCUUCAUUACAUGUAAACUUUUGUUAAUUGUUGGUGAUGGCGCUGUUUUGUUUCACAAUGUUUUUACCGGUGAGUUUUAAAUACACGCUUGAUUCGGCG